AUGCGAAUAGAAAGUAAGAAUUACUGUGAAAAUCUCCAGCGGUGUUUCGGUCGAUUCAACAACGAUUCUUACCAUGGCUACGGAACGCUUGUACAAGACAACGUCCCAGCCCAUAAGAAUCAGCAUACGUCAGAUAGCUCAAUGUUUCCGUUGAUUUCGUCAUGGUGCAGGGUGACAGCUGGAUUAUCGGAAUUGCUCUCACGUGUGCGCGGUACGACUAAACCAAUUGUCGUGCACUGUUCAGCUGGCAUCGGACGCACGGGAACAAUUGUAGCCAUCGAAUAUAUACUAGAGCGAAUGCAGGCAGGUCAUGAGUGUGCAGCAAUGAAUGAUCUUCUAAAAGAGCUACGUAACCAAAGGGCAUAUACAAUUCAAAAUGAUUUGCAGUACUUGUACAUUCAUCGAGUAAUGUUGUGUUACUUUCUAGAAAAGCACAGGAACAGGUAUGAAGCAAUACUAACGGAAGAGAACAAAGCGAAGUACAAAAAAUUUGUGGAAGACUACAAUAUGGCGACUAAUACGUAG